GUCCGUCAGCUACACGGAAAUGUGGAGCGGUUGUUGUUGUGAAAAAAACAUGGACGCGGCGAGCGCAGCGCCGAGUUUCCUGACAGCGGCUGUGAAGCAGCUCGGCGAGCCUGGCGCUGGGAAAUGUCACUGACGGGCCCGCCUGACCGCUGCUCGGUGUCACUUUGAGAGCUCCGCGGACCGGAGAGGAUGGAGCGGCGGCGCUUGUGGUGUCUGUUCCUGCUCGUGUGUGUCGCGGCUUCACAGUGUGCAGGAAGCAGCUCAGUUACUCUCCCUGAAUCUCUGCUUUUUGUCUCUACGCUGGAUGGUAGUUUACAUGCUGUGAGCAAAAAAACAGGGGAUAUCAAGUGGACACUGAAGGAAGAUCCCAUCAUCCAAGUUCCAGUUUAUUUGCCAGAACCAGGUUUCCUCCCUGACCCUAAUGAUGGCAGCCUGUAUGUGCUUGGAGGCAAAAACAAAGAAGGUCUUAUGAAACUGCCCUUCACUAUUCCCGAGCUGGUCCAUUCAUCUCCAUGCAGAAGCUCAGAUGGAAUCCUUUACACUGGUAAAAAACAAGACACAUGGUUUGUGGUGGAUCCCCAGACAGGUGAAAAACAGACAAGUUUAAGCACUUCUUCCUCCGACUCCAUCUGUCCUUCUGCUCCUCUCCUCUACAUUGGACGCACAGAGUACAUGAUCACCAUGUAUGACACAAAAACACAGGAGCUAAGGUGGAACGCCACCUACAACGACUACUCUGCUCCUCUCUACGAUGAUCAGAAAUACGACUACAAGAUGUCCCACUUUGCGUCCAGUGGGGAUGGCCUGGUGGUGACUGUGGAUCGGGACUCUGGUGAGGUUCUGUGGAUGCAGAAGUUUGACUCUCCGGUGGCUGGGUUCUACUUAUGGACCCAAGACAGCCUGCGCCGAGCACCGCACUUGACUGUAGCCACAGAAACUCUGAGAUACCUUACAUUCACUGCCCAGAACACUCAGUCUCACACCAUGAGAUGGGCCUACCAGUUCACCCAGGAGCAGCACAGCACCAAGACACACCUUGUUCCUACACUGUAUGUUGGGAAGAUGGAUUCACAUCUUUAUGCUUCCACUUCGCUUGUGCAUGAAGGAGUUGCUGUAGUGCCUCAUGGCCUCACUGUGGCACGGAUUGAGGGGCCAAUCACGGCUGAUGUAACAGUGGGGAAUGGGCGGAGCGAGUGUGAAAUCACACCAAGCACUGAAGUAAAGUAUCCGCCAGGAAGCACCAACCCUCUGCAGAACCAGUGGCUGCUGAUAGGCCAUCAUGAAGUUCCCCCUCUCGCCCACACCACCAUGCUGAGAGAAUUUCCGGAUAAUCUACAGCGUUCUGGUGAUGUCAUCCCUCCUCGUGGUUCUGCUUCCUCAUUUCGAUCUGGACCUCACCCAUUGCCCUCAGUAAACCGUGAGAGCUCCUCCCCAGUGCUGCCUGACUCCCUGACCACCGACCCUGUGACUUUGGUUGUGGUGACGCUGCUGCUGGGGGCAUGGCUGGCCUUCUUGCUCACCUUCACACGACAGGUCAGAAAGCCCUGGAGAUCUGUCCAGCCAGUGGAUUCUAGACCAAUGACUGAUCAGACAAGUCAGACCAGUCAGCUCAUUCCCACAGCAACGGACACAGCCCCCUCAUCCACUCUCAGCAGCAGCAACCACUCAAGUGGCUCAGUCUCUUCCAAUCACAGUCAGCCUCUGUCAAGCAAUAAAGACUCCAACCCACCAGGGACACCCAGCCAAUCAGAGGCUCAGCCUGAUGUGGUAGAAGUUGGUAAAAUCUCCUUCGGCCCUGCUGAAGUGCUAGGACAUGGGACAGCUGGAACGUUUGUGUUUCGGGGUCACUUUGAUGGGCGGCGUGUUGCAGUGAAGCGGAUCCUGCCAGAGUGCGUGGAGUUUGCUGAGAGGGAAGUGCAGCUGCUGCGGGAAUCCGACGAGCACCCCAACGUCAUCCGCUACUUCUGUACUGAACGCGACCGACAGUUCACGUACAUUGCCAUUGAACUCUGCGCUGCCACUCUCCAACAGUAUGUUGAGGACCCAGCCUGCCCAUAUACCACCUUGGAUCCAGUGACUUUGCUGGAACAGACUAUGUGUGGCCUCAAUCACCUGCACUCCCUUAAUAUUGUUCACAGAGAUUUAAAGCCACGGAAUAUUCUUCUCUCACUUCCGGGAGUGCUCGGUCGAGUGCGGGCAGUGAUCUCAGAUUUCGGCUUGUGCAAAAAGCUACCAGACGGUCGCCAUAGUUUCAGCUUGCGUUCGGGGAUUCCGGGGACUGAGGGCUGGAUUGCUCCUGAGUUGCUUGUCAAUGCCCCAAAAGGAAACCCAACAAGUGCAGUGGAUGUGUUCUCAGCUGGCUGUGUGUUUUAUUAUGUGGUGUCCAGAGGACAGCACCCCUUUGGGGACACGCUGCGGCGUCAAGCAAACAUCCUCUCUGGAGCCUAUAGCCUGGAGCACUUUAUGGAGGAUAUACACGAGGAUGUGAUUGGGAGAGAUUUGAUUGAAAAAAUGAUUAGUGCUGAGCCGGAGUCCCGCCCCUCCACAUCCUCUGUUUUAAAACAUCCGUUUUUCUGGAGCCCAGAGAAGCAGUUGCAAUUCUUUCAGGAUGUCAGUGAUCGUAUAGAGAAGGAGCCAGCAGACAGUGCUAUUGUAGUGCGCUUAGAGACAGCGGGUAGAUCGGUGGUCAGAACCAAUUGGAGGAUGCACAUAUCAGCGCCCCUACAGGCCGAUCUGAGGAAAUUCCGCACAUAUAAAGGAAAUUCUGUCAGAGACCUGCUCAGAGCUAUGAGAAAUAAAAAACAUCAUUACCAUGAGCUCCCACCAGAGGUUCAGACAGCACUUGGUGAAGUCCCAGAAGGCUUCGUGGGGUACUUCACCUCCCGUUUCCCACGGUUACUGCUGCACACACACUCUGCUCUGAGCAUCUGUGCCCCAGAGAGACUCUUCCACCCCUACUACCACCAUUAAACUAAGCCAAAUACGAAAACGCUCUGCACUACCUCCUACGUCCACAGACGUGCAUAUGAUCUUUUACUAAAGAAUGAAUUUAUAGUACACUGAUACGAGUGAAGAGGAUGGGAAAAGUCUGGACAUGCAGGAUUUUAUAGACACUUUUAAGUGAUUCUUCACUUCAAAUGAUCACGCCACUGGUUCAGAUCAAAUGAAUGUACUGCUGAGCCUCUUCCCUCCUGUGGAACUACUGAGAUUUCUUGACGACAGAAUGACGGAGGACUUUGGCGGCUACUUUUUCUUCUUCUUCUUUUUUUUUAAAUUAUAAACUUGCGAAACGGUUUUCAGCUGUGAGGAUUAUGACCCCACUGUAUUUGUGCCUUCCGUUUCGAGUGUUCUGAAGCAGGUCUCGGGUCAGAUUAGCUAAACUAAGAGUGCACUGGAUGAAGGCCUGGGUCAUUUUUAUAGGACUUUAAACAUGGAAUACCAGGAUCAUUAAUGGGCUCUAAAGUGUGCUCAAAGAAUUUACAGCUGUUUUUAUUGUUCAAAUGGAGCAUUUGGAGGGCAGUGGGUGCUGUUUUUGCCAUGGCAGUGUAAAGUCAUCGUGCCUCUGGCCCCUCCCAAUGGCAGCUGGUGGUCUCCCUCUUGAUAUUUAAUUAGGUAAUAGCCAAAGCUGUGUGCUCUGAUUUUAAAAGAGCAUAGUCGGCAUACCGUUGGUUUUAGCGCAUAUGAUCAUUUCAUGUUAGCCUCUGAGAUGACAUCACCAAAAACUUGCCUGUCAGGGGUAGUAUUCUUAAUAUAACCUUAUAUCUUCAUAGGAUAUUCCAGCAUUUUAAACCUAGUCUUUAUCUGCUGCAUUUGUAUCAUACUCUCAGUUACUAUGGGCAAUCAAUUGACAUUCAUAGCCAUUGGGUGGAUGCUAAAUACUAAAUAAACAUUUGUAAUUCAAGCAAUAGAACCAGAGGGAAUGUAUUGACACAGAUAACACCACAACUGUGAUGUAGUUGCAGAUGAUUACAGCUGUGAUGUUCUUCACACUAACAUACAACCUCGAGUGUUCUCUUGCUUUUUUACAGCAAAAAGAAAUGUACACAAAUAAGCCUCAAACUGCAUCAAACAUGCUUUAAUGUUGGCAAAUACACCUAAAAUUAGUUCUCUUUUGCAGUAGGGAGCCAUAAAUUUGUUACAAUAUCAGGUUCAGCUCAGCUUUUUCAAUACAGGGUGAUUCAAAAUGAUUUAUUUCACUUGUAACUCAUUACAGAACAAUGCAGUAAACUGUAAAUGGUUUAAUUGAGCAUAAAGUUUAUUAUGUCAUUUAACAAGAGCUCAGUAUGAACCUCCUCCAGCUAUACAGACAACAUCAACACCAUAGUCAAAUUCAUCCCAUACUUGAUUGAGCAUGUCGGGUGUUGCUGCACUCACAGCCCUUUCACUGCGAUUUCGGAGAUCAUCCAGUUAUGUGGAACCAACAGCGAACGCUCUGAGCUGCUGGAGGUUCACUGCCGACGAAAAUCACGUUGAACAGUUGUGACGGAUUCACUCUGAUUGAAGUGGAGAACGCAGAACGCUUCCUGUUCAGGGGUCUCAUCUCCUCGCAGACUGAAGGGAGCCAUCUUCCGGUGGCGUUAAGAAACGCUAUGACCCCCUCUUUCAAUUGGUAUGUGAUUGGUUCCUCGGCGCCUCACGGUUGUAAUAAUAUGGCGCUUUGAAAUUGGAUGAAUCUUUUUGAAUCACCCUGUAUUUACCGCUUUAACCUGAGUGAUGUUUUAUUCCAGCCAGUCUGUAAAGCAUCUUACAGCUCAUAGUGUUUGCCACUUUUUUUCUGGUUAAUUCCAGUCUACUUUGGAUACAGGUCAGAUAUUAUCUCAUAGUCGUUUCUCAUAUAUCCGUUUUCUGUUCAGAAGCCAAUAGAAGCCAAUCAGAUUAUGGCUUCUACUAUAAGUCAGUGUUUUUUUCUGAAAAGGCAGCGCUAAAAUGAUGGUCUAUGGUAGUUGGCUGUAUGGUACAGAAUCAGCACAUAUUAGGUUGAUGUAAUGCUGUAUUCCUUUAAGUGCAUUUAAUGGGACGACUGUCUGAUUUUCAAAAUUAUUUUUGUCCGAAUUAUUAAGAGAAAACAAGGCAGAGGCUUUUAUCACUUUGGUGGUAAUCCUAACUUUUUUAUACUACAAAUCCAAAUGUGUCAUUUUAUACUAGCGAAAGAAAGAUGAAGUCAAACAAUGGAUAAGCGUUACAGGAUGAGUGUCAGGAUUUUUCCUGAAGAAUCAACGAGAGUCCACUCUACUUUAGCCCAGCUGAAGAUUAGGAGGGCCUGACUUAUCCACAAAGGUCAUUGGAGAUUUGAAAGGAAAAUCUUAAUGUGGGCCAUCUGUUCCACUUAAACACCAACAGUAAUGCCAGUAAUCCCAAGUGGGACUACAAUUAACAGCCUGUUCGUUAAUAGGCCUAGUUUUGGUUUGGACACUUCACACUGCCUGUGUAAUUUAAGCAGACCACAGAAUAAAACACCCAUUUAGAUCAACAUAAAACUAAAGAUACACAGAAGCAACUCCAGGCAACAUAUCAAAUACACUAAUAUGGCCUUUGUGUUUGUUCAAAUCCAGAAGAAAUUUCAGAGUGAACAAAAUUUUAAUCAGACUUUUAAAUUUGUGAUUCACUUUAAAGAACAAUGGGCCUCAUUCACUAUCCUAGGGUUUUUCUUAAACGUGUUCUUGUGAAAAGUUUUAGGAGAAAGUCUACAUCAGAUUCCUGACAUGUUCUCAAACCGCAGAACUGUUCACCCCUUAUGCUCUCGAGUGUGUGCAGAUUCUGUUCUUACCCAAGAAC